CGGCGGCGGCGGCGGGGGAGUGGAAAAUGGCGACGGCCGCGCAGCUCACGGACGAGGAGCUCUUCUCGGAGCUGAGGCGCUUUGGCUUCUCCCCGGGGCCGGUCACCGAGAGCACCCGGCCCGUCUACCUAAAGAAGCUGAAGAAGCUGCGCGAUGAUGAACGGGCCGGGGCCCGCGGCGGCGGCGCCAACAAGACCCGGAACAGCAACAACAAUAACACGGGAGCCGGAGCGGCGCCGGGCGGAGGCGGCGGCCCCGGGCGGGCGGCCCCGGGAGCUCGGCUGGCCGGCGCCGAGCACCCCUUCCUCCCCGGGGCCGCCGCCGGAGGCGGCCGGGGCCGCGCCGCACCCCCCGCCGGGGGCGGCAAAGUGCUGCUGGGCUUCAGCUCGGACGAGUCGGACGUGGAGAGCAGCCCCCGGAGCCAGGCCGGCGGCAGGAGGGAGCGCGCUGCGCCCCUCUUCCGCGGCCUCAGGCCCGGCGCCCCCCACGGCGCCUGCGGCGCGAGCAGCAGCUCCCCCCUGGAGGAGGCGGCCCGGCGGAAGCCCAACGCCUGGUGGGGGGCGGCGGCCAGGAGACCGGCGGCGACUCAGGGCAUGAAGGAGCUCGGGGACGGCGAGGAGGAGGACGACGAGGAGGAGGAGGAGAAGGAGAGCGAGCAGCAGCGGUGGAAGAACCGGACUGUGAACGGAAACCGGCUCCCCUCCUACGGAGGCAGCAGGGACAAGUACUCGGACUCGGAGGAGGAGGAGGCGGCGGGGGCGAGGGCCAAACAGCAGGGACCGAAGGAGGAGUCUGCCGUUCGCCGGCCCAGACGGAGCCUCAGCAAGUCGCCUGCUCCAUUCAUAACAAGCAAAUGCGCUGCAGCCGGCGCUGGCGUGAUGGAGACGGGCCAAGAAAGGGCUGGCGGAGGCUGCGGUGCUGGUGUGCUCGUAACGAAUGACAGGGCGGCGGGGGCGGCUGCUGCCGGCAGUCUAGACAGGGGCAGAAAUCAGGAGGAGGAGGAGGCGGCGGCGGUGGGGGGAAGAGGAGGAGGAGGAUGUGAAAAUCUGGACUCUAGUCUUCCCAGCCCCAGAUACCGCAUUGGCCUAUCCAAGAAAUCCCCAUCGGUAUUGUUGAUGCCAGCCCCGCUCACGGACGUGGACAGCGGCAAAAUCAGUGACCCUCCAGGCACCAUUAGGAAAGCGACCAAUAAUCAUGUUCUCAGCGGUGCUCCUGGUAGCUGUAAUGUUGAAUCCAGGAUCUAUUCAUCUACUAAUAGCCUUCCCCCGGGUGGAACCACCUCCUCCCUUAGACUCAACCACUCCAAUCAUACGGGUUCAAAUCAUACCUACCUGAAAAACACCUACAAGAAGAAUCUCUCUGAGCCCGAGGAGGAGCUUCUCCAACAGUUCAAAAGAGAGGAGGUAUCCACCACUGGAGGCUUCAGUGCACAUUACCUGUCCAUGUUCCUCUUAACUGCUGCAUGCUUGUUCUUUCUGAUACUGGGAUUCACAUACCUGAGAAUGAGAGGUUCUGGAGUAGCUGAGGAUGUGGGAGCCAACAUCAAGGAUCCCUUUAGUGAAGAACUCCAAAAAAUACAAGAAGAUGAAAUAAGUCUCAUGAUGAAGAGCUUGUAUGCACUUCAUGAUAAAUUGGCGCAAGUAGCAGGGGAACAUGAAUGUGGCAGCUCUAUUCAAAGAAACCUUACCGUCCAGGAGGCAGCUGCAUAUUUAAAAAAUUUAGAUCCAGAAUAUGAAAGUGUACUUAACACAUCAUUACAAUGGAUCUUAAAUAGCGGGGAAGAUGUUGGCAUAAAAUGUCUCAGCAAUGACCCUAAUGAGAUGGAUGUCACUAACGUGACAGAUGUGAAGUAUCUGGAAUCCACUAGUCCAAAGAUGUCUUUCAGGUGCCGUUUUCGCCGUGCAUUUGUUAAUGUAACUCACAGAUUAUCAAUAUUGCUUUGGGGUAUAGCAAUGGUUUGGGGAGUCUUACACUACAUGAAAUACCGUUGGGCAAAGGAGGAAGAAGAAACAAAGCAGAUGUAUGAUAUGGUGGUGAAAAUCAUAGAUGUUCUAAGAAGCCACAGCGAGGCAUGUUCAGAAAAUAAAGAGUUGCAGCCUUACAUGCCAAUUUUACAUGUGCGUGAUUCUCUAAUACCACCUCAGGACAGGAGGAAGAUGAAUAAAGUCUGGAACAGAGCAGUUGACUUUCUUGCAGUAAAUGAAUCUAGAGUUCGUACAGAGACACGAAGAGUAGGUGGUGCCGAGUUCUUGGUUUGGAAGUGGAUGCAACCUUCUGCAGCCUGUGACAAAAUUUUAGUAAUACCAUCGAAAGUGUGGCAAGGCCAAGCGUUUCAUCUAGAUAGAAGAAAUUCACCACCAAACAGCUUGACACCAUGUCUAAAGAUUCGCAAUAUGUUUGAUCCAGUUAUGGAAAUAGGCGAUCACUGGCAUCUAGCAAUCCAAGAAGCAAUCUUGGAGAAAUGUAGUGAUAAUGAUGGAAUUGUUCAUAUUGCUGUUGACAAAAAUUCACGUGAGGGCUGUGUAUAUGUCAAGUGUCUCUCUCCGGAGUAUGCUGGAAAGGCUUUCAAGGCAUUACAUGGCUCUUGGUUUGAUGGAAAGCUGGUAACAGUAAAAUACCUGCGACUAGAUCGGUAUCAUCAUCGUUUCCCCCAGGCUCUUACUUGUAACACUCCACUGAAGCCAUCAAACAAACACAUGAACUCUAUGUCACAUCUGCGUCUUCGGACAGGCACAACUAAUUCUCAGGGAAGUUCCUGAGAAAACUUUCUACAACUGCUAGGACUGUUACUUGCAACAGGAAUGUUCCUGUUCGGCUGCCGUCUUCCUUUUUUAGUGCUUUUUGUAUGUAAUACUUUAAUGACUUAAAUAAAAGUUUGAACGUUCCAGAA